AUGAAUACGCCGGUGAGACGCAGCCGGCGGCUGGAAGGCCUAAAGCCGGAGUCCCCCGGCAGCCCCACCCCAGCUUCGCGAGCGCGCCGGGCCCUGGCCGAGUUCUACUCGCACCCAGACGAAACGAAGGAACCCAGCCCCCCUCGGAGUCCUCUCAAACAUCCGGGCCUGGGAUCCCCCCGACGACAGGAGGAAACAAGCCCGGGGCCGCCCAGUCUCCAGCAGGAUGCAGCACUCGGAUCCCCCCGAAGGCAGCUAGAGCCGGACACAGGGUUACCCCAGAGUGGCCGCGAUCCAGGCCCGGAGUCACCCCGAAGAGAGUCCGAGUCGAGCCCAGCCUCCCCCCGACGUCAGCCAGAGCGAAGUGAAGAUCCAGAGUUAGCCAAGAGUAAGGAGGAGCCGGGCUGGGGGUCCCCUCCGCGUCAAACAGAGCCUUUCGGGAGCCAGGGUGGAUCCAACUCGGAAUCGGCUCCGGGGUCUCCUCGACAACACCCGCAGCCCGUCCCCGGAUCCCCAGAGCCAUCCCCUGGCCAGCAAGCGACCGGUCCAGAGCCCUCGAGGCCACUCCAGGAACUGACACCUCACUUACCCGGCUCCCCCCCGGGUCACCACGAGCCCAGCAAGCUGACCUCGGCAGGGGAGGCAGUGCCAAGCGGUGUCCGGGCAAAGAAGCGAAAGAGUUCUUCAGUCCAGGCGCCAGCGUCCAAAACGCCAAAGAAGGAGGUGGAAGAGAUUCUGAUAAUCCCGAAGGGGAAGCCCAAGUCGGGGAGAGUGUGGAAAGAUCGCUCCAAAAAAAGGUUCUCCCAGAUGGUUCAGGACAAGCCCCUGCGCACAUCCUGGCAGCGGAAGAUGAAGGAGCGGCAGGAGAGGAAAGUGGCCAAGGACUUUGCCCGGCACCUGGAGGAGGAGAAGCAGAGGCGCCGCCAGGAGAAGAAAGAGCGCCGGGCGGAGAACCUGAGGAGGCGGCUUGAGAACGAGCGAAAGGCAGAGGUGGUCCAAGUGAUCCGGAACCCCGCCAAGAUCAAGCGGGCAAAGAAGAAGCAGCUGCGGGCCAUCGAGAAGCGAGACACCCUGGCCCUGCUGCAGAAGCAGCCGCCCCAGCGACCAGCGGCCAAGCUCUGA